AUGAUCGAUGGCAUAAGUGUUUGGGACAGGCACGCUUACCAGAUGUACGCCAGCAGAAGCUCAAAGGAAACACCCAGACAACAGAAUACACGUCCCUUGGGGAGAUCAUGGGCGGAGAGGAUCAGCAUUCUGGAGAGACAGAUAUUUGAUUUCCUCGGAUACCAGUGGGCUCCGAUUCUCACAAACUUCAUCCAUAUCAUCACAGUGAUCCUAGGCCUCUUUGGGACAGUACAGUUCAGACCGCGAUAUGUGACCGGGUAUGCAGUCUGGUUGGUGCUGUGGGUCGCCUGGAACGUCUUUAUCAUCUGUUUCUAUUUGGAAGUGGGUGACCUUUCAAAGGACACAGAUCUGAUUAUGACCUUCAACAUCUCCAUGCAUCGCUCCUGGUGGAUGGAGAACGGCCCGGGGUGCAGGGUGACCCCCGUGACCCCUCCUCCCUCCUGGGCCCCGGAGGACCACCGCUACAUCAGCAUCGCCGGAUGUCUGCUAGAGUACCAGUAUGUGGAGGUUGCCCACAGUUCCUUGCAGAUUAUCCUGGCUGUGAGUACGGUCUAA